AUGAGCAGCCCGGAUGCGGGGUACGCCAGUGACGACCAGAGCCAGGCCAGGUGCACGCUGCCCAUGAUGAUGGCCGGGAUGGGCCCCUGCCCUUGGGUAGAAUCUCUGAGCCCCCUGGGGGAGAUGAAGAUCAAAAACGAGUCCGGGUCGGGCUUAGGGACCGGAGGCAGCGGGACCGUUGCAGCUGUGGGCGCUGGUGGCCGCGGCAAAGGGGAGUCCCGCAUUCGGCGGCCCAUGAACGCAUUUAUGGUUUGGGCCAAGGAUGAGCGUAAGCGUCUAGCGCAGCAGAACCCGGAUCUGCACAAUGCAGAGCUGAGCAAGAUGCUGGGGAAGUCCUGGAAGGCUUUAUCUCUGGCCGAGAAGAGGCCCUUUGUGGAGGAGGCUGAGCGGCUACGUGUCCAGCACAUGCAGGAUCACCCCAAUUACAAAUACCGGCCCCGGAGGAGGAAGCAGGUGAAGAGGCUGAAACGAGUGGAGAGCGGCUUCCUCCACGGCCUCCCUGAGCAGGCAGGCUCCGGUCUGGGUCCGGAGGGCAGAGUGUGUGUGGACAGCCUGGGACUGCCAUUCCACGAGCAGGCCUACCACCAAGGCCAGGGAGUGCUCCCUCCUCAGAUGGGCCACUACCGGGACUGCCAGAACCUGGGUCCAGCCCCUCCGCCUCAGUUUGACAGCUACAACCUGCCUACCCCUGAGGCUUCUCCCAUGGAUGGCAUGGAGCCAGAUGCAGCUUUCUUCACCUCUUCUCUCCAAGGAGACUGCCAGACAGCGCCCUACAGCUAUCCUGUGUCCUCUGAGUACUCUGUGCAUGCUGACCCUCACUCGGGUCCUGUGCACCACAGACACAUGCAGGAACCUCUGGCCCACUCCUUGCAGGGUCUGAUGGGCCCCUCCAACCCUCUGCAUAUGUACUAUGGUCCCAUGGGCUCUCCGCAGGCUGGGGGCAGUGUCCGAGGUUUCCAGAUGCAGCAUCAGUCAGGACCUAGUCAGCCCUCUCCUCCUCCAGAGGCUCUGACCUGCAGGGAUGGCCUGGAUGGCAGCCAACCUGCAGAGGUCCAAGAGGCUGGGAUCCACACAGAAUUUGAACAGUAUCUUCACCACCUUUGUAAAGCAGAGUUGGGGCUUGUCUCUUCAGGCCAUGAUGGUGACCAUAACCCUUCCACUGUCUCCUCUGUCAUGUCAGAUGCCAGUUCCACAGUCUAUUAUCAUAACUAUCAAAACAUAUGA